AUGUCACUCGUUAGAAAAAGAGUAAGUAUUGAAUAGACUUGGUUCAUGGUUGAAUAACUAACACUAUCAAUAGAAAAACUCCGAUGAUCUAGAAGAUCCCAAUAAAAAACCAUCUAUAAUAAUAGGUAAGUUAUAUUCCAUCAUUGAUAAUCAAUCAAUUAUAAAUCUACCCAGUCAAUCUACAAUUACCAUUGGUAGAAGUUCAAGUUGUGAUAUUAAAAUAACUGGUCUUGAUGUAUCUUCCAAACAUUGUGAGUUACAAAUCAUCAAUGUUAAUAAUACAAAAUAUAUAAACAUAAUUGAUGUAAGUUCAAAUGGAUUAUUCAUAAAUGAUGAGAAAUUAGGUAAAGGAAACAACAACAUUCAUAAUUGCAGAAUAUUGAAAAAUGGUGAUAAAUUAUCAUUUGCAACUAGUGGAGGUGAAUUUAUUUUCAAAUAUAUUGAUUUAAGAAAAUCAUUUUUUGAUGAUUAUAUACUUGGAAAACGAUUAGGUUCUGGUCAUUAUGCAAUUGUCAAAGAAGCAAAAAAUAAAACUAGUGGUAAAACAGUAGCUGUUAAAAUUUUUCAUCCUAAUAAAAUUGGAGGUAAAAAUAAUUUAGAAGAAAUUAAAUUAAAACAAGAAAUGGAUUUAUUAUUAUCUAUUAAUCAUCCAAAUAUUGUAAAAUUUGUUGAUAGAUAUGUUGAACCAAUAAAUCCAUAUUCUGCAAAUACUUAUUUAAUAUUAGAGAAAAUGAAUUCUGGUGAAUUAUUUCAAAGAAUUAUAAAUAAAUCAAAAUUGGGUAUAUCUGAAACUAAAGAAUUCUUUAAACAAAUUUUAAGUGGACUACAAUAUCUACAUUCAAAGAAUAUAAUUCAUAGAGAUAUAAAACCAGAAAAUAUUUUACUUGAUAUUACUCCUCGAACUAAUUCAAAUCAAAUUCAAACUGGUCCAUGGGAUAAAAAUGAACUAGAUAUAAAAGUUAAAAUUGCAGAUUUUGGAUUAGCUAAAUUUAUUGGUGAUAAAUUUUUUACAAAUACUUUAUGUGGUACACCAGCUUAUGUAGCUCCAGAAAUAUUAAAUAAUCAAUCAAAUUAUGAUAAAAAAGUAGAUUUAUGGUCAAGCGGUGUUUUAUUAUAUGUUUGUUUAUGUGGAUUUCCUCCAUUUAGUGAUGAAUUAGGUCCACCAAAUAUGAAAGAACAAAUUUUACAAGGUAAAUAUGCAUUUUAUUCUCCUUAUUGGGAUGAUAUAAAUGAUAUUGUAUUAGAUUUGAUUUCUAAUUUAUUAAUUGUUGAUCCAAAGGAAAGAUAUAAUGUUGAACAAACUUUAAAUCAUUUUUGGUUUCAUGGAAAUGAUUAUGAAAGCGGAUUAAGUAGUAAUGAUAAAUCUGAUAGUUUAAAAGAAGAUGAGAGUCAAUUAACUGUUGAUUCAUCAUCUCCAAACUUAAAAAGAUCUUUGAUUAGAUCAAAUACUCAACCACCAACAACUUUAAAAGAGAGAUUUGAAAGUCAAACACAAAUAAGUUUAAUAGAACUUUAA